CGCGCGAUAAAUGUCCGUCCUCCCGCAUCUCUGCCGACAGACAAUCACAGUUCUGCUUUGCGUCGCGUCCGCGUUUGUGUCCCUCCAAAGUGGAAUGCAACGCAGCUCAGAAGCCGCAUUUAGUUUUGCGCGUUAGGAGAGCUUUUAUGGGUUCGCUCGCUCGUUGGACUUGCGUUUAAGUAUUUUGUGUGUGUGUGUGUGUGUGUGUGUGUGUUAUGAAAAACAUGACCGGAGUUUUUGACGGCCUCGGUACAGAUAUGCAUUCGAACCAGAUUACCUCCAGCAGUUACCACGGUCUGCACAAAUCCCAGGAAUCGCCGACUCUUCCGGUCUCCACCGCCACCGACAGCAGCUACUACAAUAAUAACCAGCAGGCCGGGCAAUGCGCGGGCUCUCCGUACGGCCAGAUCAGCUCUUACCAGUACCAGAACAGCAGCAUGAACAGCGUCCAGUACAACACCAAAUCAUACGAAGUGGGCUUCGGCAACGCGUUUGGCCCCUACAGCGCGUACGGCUCCUGCUCCUCGCCGACUCCCGCAGACGCUGAAAAAGAGGAAAGCGAACCCGAAAUUCGCAUGGUUAACGGAAAACCAAAGAAAGUGAGAAAGCCUCGUACUAUUUACUCGAGUUUCCAGCUGGCGGCCCUGCAGAGGAGGUUUCAGAAGACUCAGUACCUGGCCUUGCCGGAGAGAGCCGAGCUAGCCGCUUCUCUGGGCCUCACGCAAACGCAGGUUAAAAUCUGGUUCCAGAACCGUCGCUCGAAGUUCAAGAAGCUGUGGAAAAGCGGAGAGAUCCCGCCCGAGCAGCACGUCGCCUCCAGCGAGUCUCCUCCUCAGCCCUCUCCGCCUCUCGCCGCGGCCUGGGACUUCUCGCACGGCCAGAGAAUGAGCCCCUCCAGCACCACCGCCCCGUCCUUCCUCGCCAACUACCCCUGGUACUCAUCCACGAACUCUGCGAGCCAUCUGCAGCCGCCGCUUCACCACAACACGGCCGUCAGCGCGGGGACCAUAUUUUGACUCGACGGACACUGAACGCGGUGACCGGUGGGAUUCGUUCGGCGAGAGCUUGCAUCGAAACAGACUUUCGGGCCUGGUUUCCAGCAUGACGUUGAUCAUUGCCGGUUGCGUUUUGGGGCGUAACACUGUUUCUUUUCGCGCGACGUCGUCAGCGAGCAGACGCUAAAGAAUCAAACAUAUACAAUUAUUUUUGUAUUUAUUUAUUUUGUUCUAUGGGUGGCACGUCGGUGGAUUAAAACCGGUUGUUCGGUGAACUACUACUAUUAUCCAAAGCCUAGAGAACUCACGCGGACAUUGAUGGAGUGAAUAUUGCGGCAGGGUGUAAGAGCACAUGUAGCACAACCUGAAGCUGUUCGGUGCCUUUUGCAAAUAACUUAACUGUCUGUUUCCACCGUGAAUGUGUUUCAUUCGCCUGUCUUUGAUUUGUUUUUAGACUUUCUGUUCGUUUUAUAUUUAGCGCGUAAGGUAAGUUGGAAAGCCGGUGUCCGUCUCUGCGUCUAUUUAAUAAUGUUGUCACAUGUACGCCACAUAGGGUUUUAAAGAACACACUAAAAACACUCGUAAGCUACUGAUUGUCCUAAAGUCAUGUUCACGUGUAAAAGGAUAUUUUCUCUGGAGUACUUUGUUUUAGGCUAUUUAUUUUGAAACCAAUUCUGACGCUAUAAUGAUUCAGACUUAUUUAAAUAAAACUUUUCUUGUGAAUGCA